CUCGGGCGAUAAGUGACAUCCUGACACCCGCAUCUACGUGAAUCACCGCUUGUUUUCCGUCUCGAAUUCAAUUAAAUGGCUAUUGAAUUGGGGUACUGGCCCAUCAGGCCCUGAAUUACCGGGACUCUAGUGGAAUCAGAAUUUGGGGAAGGGAGGCUCAACGGCAGAAGGUGAUUUUGCCCUGGAUGACGGGGGUUCAGAGUGAACGGGGACUUGUACAGAGGCCACAUUCCAACUGGUUGAAACUUAUAUUUGGAAUGUAAGAUCAAGAUGGUGGUGAUUGUCACGGAAAGACUGAGUUAUGUCAUGCAUCGCCGAUGGUCAUUGUCCUUUCUAAUUUGAUUAAGACAAAAUAAUGGAAUGGAUAGCCCGUACCCCCUGCUCGUCGCCACGGAUCGUGCGAUCAGCCACCAGCUGCAGAAGCUGUCGCUGUACUCGCCCUCAGCCUCGGACUCGAUCGACCUGGGAUAUCACACACUCGACAACAAUCCCUGCAGAUCUUCCUCGUCACCAUCGAUACCCUCACCAAGAGGCCACCCCCAGCACAAGCGUUUCUCCCUGACACCAACAACUCUCACCCAACUUGAGGACAAAAUUCUCCUGAAGAUUCUUCACUGGGUGUCUACACGUGAUCGUUGCACCCUGGCGCAGACGUGCAGACGACUCUGGGAAAUCGCGUGGCAUCCAUCACUCUGGCGUGAAGUGGAAAUUCGAUACCCGCAAAAUGCAACGACAGCCCUGAGAUCAAUGGCACGAAGGGGCUGUCACUCGUCAAUCCGGAGGCUCGUAAUCGAGGGGUCGACGGGUUUCACAGGUGCUUUCUCCCUGCUGCCAUUCUCCAGCCUGACAUCCCUGGCUCUCCGUCACUCCCGCAAGCUCACGGACAUGAAUGUCUCGACGAUUCUCGACAACUGUGUGCACCUCAAAGAGCUGGACAUCACAGGAUGUGGAAAUAUCACACGUGCCUACUGCCACGUAGGGCCCACGCAGUUGGAGUCCCUUGAUAUGAGUGACUGUCACAGCGUCGAUGAUUCUGGCCUCGUGAUGACCCUCUCUCAGAUGCCCCAGCUUGCACUCCUCCAUCUGAGGAGAUGCCUCAGGAUCACUGACGCCAGCCUCGUCUCCGUCGCCUCUUACUGCACCAAUUUACGACAGCUCUCGGUAUCCGAUUGCUGCAGACUCACUGAUUUCGGGGUGCGAGAGCUGGCGGCCAGGCUAGGGCCGUCCCUCAGGUACUUCUCGGUGGGAAAAUGCGACAGAGUCUCUGAUGCUGGACUUCUCGUGGUGGCCAGGCACUGCUACAAGUUAAGGUAUUUAAAUGCUCGGGGUUGUGAGGCCCUCAGCGACUCUGCCACGAUCGCCCUCGCCAGGGGCUGUCCCAGACUCAGGGCCCUCGACCUGGGUAAGUGCGACGUGGGGGAUCCCACCCUCGAGGCCCUAUCCACUGGCUGUCCCAAUCUGAAAAAACUCUCCCUCUGUGGAUGUGAGAGGGUCACCGAUGCUGGCCUCGAGGCACUCGCCUAUUACAUCAGGGGUCUCAGGCAACUCAACAUCGGAGAGUGCCCCAGGGUCACCAAAGUCGGCUACAGAGCGGUCAAGAGCUACUGCAGACGAUGUGUCAUUGAACACACUAAUCCAGGAUUUUCCAGCUGACGAGGGAGGGAUUUUAUUAUUUUUUGAGAUUUUAUAUUUAUUGAUUCUCGUGGAGAAAAAUCGAGUGGAAAUCUAUCGCAUUAGUCAGGCAAUUUUAUUUGAUUUUUUUCAUUCUUGGGGAAUUAUUCGACUUAUGUCUAUUUUACUGAACUACUCAAUACAGUCUCAAUUAAAUUAUUACAGAGUUCGAGGGAAAAUUUAAUAGAAUCUUUUGGAGUAUGUGUCAGAUUUUUCCAUUAAAUUUUUCUACACGUGUGAGGAGUUGAGCAAUUUUAGAUGUGUGGCUCCCCUUGGGUGUCCUGUUGCAUUGUGUUAAUUUAUUCAGGUUUUUGUCAUUCGGAGAUCUUGUAACGCUUUAUGAAUGUACGUUUAUUUUUUAUCGUUUUUUUAAA